CGCAGUGGGGGGGGAACAGCAGCCCUAUGAAAAACAACAACAAUCCCUACAGGCCGGAGAAAGACAUGGCUCCGUGAACCAAGUCCGCAGGUCUGCCCCCCAACACAUCAGAACCCUCCACCGGAGCUGUACCGGUCCAUGGAACCGAACCCAUGAACCUGGCCAGUCUCAGCGGGGAUGCGGGCGGGAGCCAGCUCCUCUUCGCCAACUUCAACCAGGACAACACGUCUUUAGCUGUCGGCACCAAAUCAGGAUAUAAGUUCUUCUCUCUGUCGUCGGUGGACAAACUGGAGCAGAUCUAUGAAUGUACGGACACAGAGGAUGUGUGUAUCGUGGAGCGUCUGUUCUCCAGCAGUCUGGUUGCCAUCGUCAGCCUGAAGGCCCCGAGGAAGCUCAAAGUCUGUCACUUCAAGAAGGGAACCGAGAUCUGUAACUACUCGUACUCCAACACCAUCCUGGCCGUCAAACUCAACAGACAGCGGUUGAUCGUCUGCCUGGAGGAGUCUCUGUACAUACACAACAUCCGUGACAUGAAAGUGCUGCACACCAUCAGAGAAACUCCACCCAACCCUUCAGGACUGUGUGCCCUUUCUAUCAGCAACGACAACUGUUAUCUGGCCUACCCUGGCAGCACCACGAUAGGAGAGGUUCAAGUGUUUGACACAGUCAACCUGCGAGCGGCGAACAUGAUUCCAGCACACGACAGCCCGUUAGCGGCUCUGGCGUUCGAUGCCAGCGGAACCAAACUGGCCACGGCCUCAGAGAAGGGCACAGUCAUUCGUGUCUUCUCCAUCCCAGAGGGACAGAAGCUCUUUGAGUUUCGAAGAGGAGUCAAGAGGUGUGUCAGCAUCUGCUCACUGGCGUUCAGUAUGGAAGGACUGUACCUGUCGGCCUCCAGCAACACAGAGACGGUCCACAUCUUCAAGUUAGAGACUCAGAAGGAGAAAUAUGUGCCAGCGGAGGAGCCCACCACGUGGGGGGGGUACCUGGGGAAGGUCCUGAUGGCCUCCACCACCUACCUGCCCUCACAGGUCACCGAGAUGUUCACGCAGGGACGAGCCUUCGCCACCGUCCGCCUGCCGUUCUGUGGACACAAGAACAUCUGCGCCUUAGCUGUGAUCCAGAAGAUCCCCCGGUUGCUGGUGGCAGCAGCAGAUGGUUACCUGUACCUGUACAACCUGGAUCCCCAGGAGGGAGGGGAGUGCACACUCAUGAAGCAGCACAGGUUAGACGGCAGUGCCGAAGCACCCAAUGAGAUCCUUGAGCAGGGGUCACAUGAUCGCCCACUCGUGGCUCAGACCUACAGUGCUGUGGUCUCCAAAGGUUACUGCGAAGAACAGGGCGCCGUAGGAGGGGCGGGGCUAGAAGACGACCUUAACGAUUUGCGCUUAGAUGAGGAGAACGAGCAACCGCCACUCAUCCUUGAAACUGACUGACUUAACGGACGGCCGUACCCACCAAUCAGAGGGCUCCUCUGGUGCUGCUAUGAACAUGUGACAGGAGGGGGCGGGGACAGGAUCCGAGAUGGCGUGUUUUUAAACGCUCUGUGUGUUCAUGAGCCUGUCUGUGAGUCUCUCUGUGCGUUUGUCUGUUCACAUCUUUUCCUCCCUCUCCUCCCUCAGUUUCGCCUCGCAGGCCGAGCUGACGCUUUGCAUGUACAUGUGCCAACCGCUAAAAACAUGCUUCAAUGUGAAAACAAGUAUCUGUGAGUGUGUGUGUUGGACAUUUGAUCAAAAAAAAAAAUGUAGCUGUGUCUCCCCUGAAGACACACACACACACUGACGCAAGCACUGUGUAAAAUGAAAGUGAUGUGUAAGUGCCUCGCCGCCCCGCAUCAGGGUUUCUGAGAGGAGGAUCUUUCUGCGUCAAUAAAACCUUCUUCGGCUGUUGGAUCUUAACUGAGGGUGUUUAGUAUCUUUUCUGACCCUGUCAUCUCUCUCACACACACACAAACACACACACACACACACAAACACGAACACACACUGUGUUUUGGGUCAUCUGGCUUAACUUUAUCCCUCCUACAUUUGAAGCUUUGGCAUGAGGCAGACAUGUUCACAGAUUAAAGUAUGUGUGUGUGUGCGUGUGUGUGUGUGUGUGUGUGUGCUGGGCAUGUACAUUAGCAAACACUGCAUAAUUAGCCUCCAUUUGUCCCUCUCUUGUUCCAAACUGAGGCUCAGUGAACCCGGCCCCGCCCCCGGCCUGCAGUCAUUGGUUGAUUUUAAACACUGAUAUUAAUGAUCUUUUUAAAACUUGGUAAUCAAACAUAACCAAUGAUGUGUCGUGUGUAAGAACUCAUGCAUGGUGGUGUUGGUUAGUCCAAACAUCAGGGAGGUGACUGACUCUCAGCGAUGGUGUGUGUGGGUCAGGCCGUGGAGUGAACCGUGGAUUGAUGUGGAUCAGCUCCGGCUGAUGGACCGGCCCAGGAUGCUCCUUAAUAAUCCUGGAUGUCUGAAGCCACUAAACAAGGAUUAGCCGUGGGGGUUUUGGAGUGUCAGACAUUUUCUAAUGAUUUUGUACAAAAUGUGAAACGUUCAUCUGAAAAUAAAGUCCAUGUUGAUGUAUGA